AUGAUUUCCAAGCGAAUGUUGAUGUCAAUGAUUGUCAUAAUUUCUCUGAUCCAAGUUGUAACUUGUCAGACGUCCACUGAAACUAAACCAAAUGACCCAGCUGUAACUAAAACUGGUUUUAAGCCGAAAGGGCCAGCUAAAUCUAAAUCUGCAACUACAGCCACUGACCCGACGGAAGUAGGAAUAAACCCGGACGAAGAUACCCCGAAGAUACCAGAAAAACCGACAAGCCUACGUCAUAAAUUCAUUAUUAAGCCUAUAAAAUCGAUAUUUUCGGCGAUACGAUCCUUAUGGCGAAAAUUUAAGAACUUCAAUUACAGAGGAUAG